CGUAAUUCGGAACGCACCCGUGGAAUAGAAUAUGGCAGUGGUGAUGGUGGUGAGCUCAUAGCAGCUAAUGUGCUUUUGAUUUCUAGUUUAUAGUUAACACACAAGUGUUCGUCGUUGAGCGAUCGGAAGUGAUUUUUAUUAUCUAAUAAAUAAAUAACGAACACUACGAGAUGAGUUUCUUUAGCAAGGUAUUCGGCGGCAAGAAGGAACCGGCUGCCCCGUCAACGGCAGAAGCAAUUCAGAAACUACGCGAAACAGAAGAUAUGUUGCUGAAGAAACAGGAGUUUCUCGAGACCAAAAUAGAAAAUGAGAUGUCGAUAGCAAGGAAAAAUGCGUCGAAAAACAAACGAGCUGCCAUCCAAGCGUUGAAGAGAAAAAGGCGAUAUGACAAGCAAUUACAGCAAAUUGAUGGUACAUUGUCUACAAUUGAAAUGCAAAGAGAAGCGUUGGAGAGUGCAAAUACAAACACAGCCGUUCUCACCACCAUGAAGGGUGCUGCAGACGCAAUGAAAGCUGCGCAUCAACAUAUGGAUGUUGACCAAGUACACGACAUGAUGGACGACAUAGCGGAGCAACAAGAUGUUGCUAAAGAAAUUUCAGACGCCAUAUCUAAUCCAGUGGCAUUCGGCCAAGAUGCUGAUGAAGAUGAAUUAGAGAAAGAAUUGGAGGAACUUCAACAAGAGCAGCUUGAUAAAGAAUUACUUGGCAUCGAUACAACGACGGAUGAAUUGCCAGCAGUACCAACCGCUGUUCCCGUUGCACCAAGUAAAACUCGCACAAAAGCUAAACCGGAAGAAGAUGACGACUUGAAGGAAUUAGAGGCGUGGGCAUCAUAAAGUGAUAUUAGAAGUGAUGUUAAAAUCAAAGAUACAAGACGUUUUUAGAUAAAUAUAAAUUGUAAUUACCAUGCAUAAAUUACUAUGUCAUACCUUUUUUACGGUUGCAUUCCGAUACAUUGCCAGUACUAAAAAUCUGUAGUUCACAUUACAUGUACUAUAAAUUUUAGCAUUGGCAGUGAAUUUCGUAACAGCCUAAAUAAUUAUUAAAUUAAUUUGUGAAAAUAUUAAGCUUCUUUAUUAAACAGAACUUUUGAACGAAACCACUAAAGUUAAUAUUUAAGCUUGAGUAAAGAUUAUACUACAUAUAUUUUUAUGCUGUGGUAAAUAUUACUAAUAAGUAAAUAGAAUAACAAGCACACAAAAGUUGCUUAUAGUAGUGGCGAAAAGAAAGAGGGUAACGUAUUUUAUAUUUACAGUAAAUGUAUUGCUAACUAAUAAACAGAUAAAGUUUAGGAGUGGAUCCAAAUGCGCAACUGUUCACUGAGUGAUUAAAUAGCAAUUGAAGAUUGAUUUCUUACUUUUGGAUAUAAUUAAUCAUCUUCAAUAUCUAUUUAGCCAAUUUAGGCAAUUUCUAUUUAGUGAAAGGUUUUACAUAUUUAGAUGUAUCCAUUAAAUAUCAAUUUACAUGCAAUAUACAAAUGUAUAUGUUAUGGUAAAUUUGAUGAAUACGGUUAUUAUACAUAAUACGGUUAAUAUACAUAAUAACCUAUAAAUAUCUAACCUAACCAAAACUAGCGGUUAUUAUGCAUAUUAACCGGUUAUUAUGCAUAAUAACCGAUUAAUCAAAUUACCGUAACAUAUACAUAAACAGCAAAUAUAAAAUUACAGUUAUAUAAAUGUUAUAAUUUUCCACUUAACAAUGUAAACAGUUACAUUGUUGAGUGAGAAAUUGUAACUAAUAUUUAUAUAACUGUAACUUUGUGUUUGCUGAGCUAGUAUAUAUUUUUUACAUUUAGUAUACAGGAUGCCCCAGAAAUGGGGUAUGGGCCGCAUUGGGAUCGUGGAAGUGGUUUAGAGGAAAACAUCUUGAAACUUGGGAUACUCGCCAUAAUUAUUGACCUAAAAAGUAAAACAUCUGAAGCAAUGUGCGAUGACGCUGCGAUUCGCGAAUUUGUAAUAUGACCCAUUGUUACCUUCUCGCCGCAUGCUAACACUAUCAAGCAAGACGUGAUAGAUCAUGUUAUGAGUUUGCGAGAUAUGGUAUCACUGCACAUUUUUUUAGACAUUUUAUUUUUUUAAGUUGAUAAUUAUAGCAGAUAUCUCAAAAUGGUAUAACACUUUUAUUCGUUUUGAUCGCUUCUACGACUCCAAUGCGGCUCAUAACUCAUUUCUAGGACACCCUAUAUGUAUAUAUACAUAUAUAUCUUAAACACUGCAUAUUCGGCACCAACUAUAAAUACAGCAUAUGGGAGACUUGGAACUUUGAGAAACUAUUCUUUGAUUUUAAUCAAUGAUUGUUCAAUAUUUUUCAACAAUUUUUUUUUUUUUUUUUGAAAGUUUAGUGUUUCAAAAAUGUGACUGUAUAAAUUGACGAAUUUAUUAUAUUGAAAAAUGAAAUUUUUGUGAAAUUAUUAAGGAAAAACCAUUAAAUGAAAAUAAAAAUUGUAAAAAAACAUUUUUUUUUAAAUAAAUCAUAUUUUUGCAACAAAAAUCUUUCAAGAAUUCUAUAAUACGGUGUUUUAAAGCUAACGAGUGAUAUUUUUAUGAAAAAAUUAUAGCAUUGUCAUAUGUUUUAAAAAGUAUAAUUAUGUAACAAGAAUAUGAUAAUAAAAAACUUUACUUUCGUUUUCCGUGCCGUUUGAAUUGUAGUUGUGCAUUGAAACUAGUUAGUGUGGCUAUUAAUAGUGGAAACCUCUAACUUUUUUUUAUCUCCUAUCUUAAAUCUUCUUUCUCAUUCCGUUCUUACACAGCAAGUGGUCGACAUUUCAUACGGGGUCUCUUAUACCUCAUGUUUAAGGGUUAUAUAUGUAUACGUAUAUGUGUAUAUAUAUGUGCGUGCAUGCGCGUGUGCGUGUGUGUGCGCGCGCGUGCGCGUACACACACACAUAUACAUACACUGAAUGUAAAAAAUAUGAAAUAAUUCUGUCUAGAAAAUAGAUUGUAAGUAAUAUUAUUUUUUCGAAAAUAUUUUGUUAUUGUACAUACGCAUAACGAUUUAAGAAACAAUUUUCUUUCCUUAAAUUGUUAAAUAUACAUGGCCUUCUAAUCUUUGUGUAAAUAUAUUUGCUAUGAAUAAAUAUCAUAGAUCCAAAAAAA